CAAUCGAUUCGAGUGUAACCUUUUCCCUUCCUUAUCCCGUUUAUAUGGUACGUUGGCCUCCGCUGUCGAUGUUAAAGCAGUGCUAUCAUGGCGGAGCGCGUUCAGCAGCCCCCAGCCAAAAGGCUCUGCUGUAGACCGGGGUAUAUGUCAAUUUGUAGACAGGGCCAACGGGCCGGGGGACAGUCAUGUGGAGGUUCAGGUACGGCCCAAAGCGGGUCGAGCAAAACCCAAAGCCCGGAAUCUCUUUUGGACAUCGCAGCCAGGAAAGUAGCGGAGAAGUGGCCGUUUCAAAGGGUAGAGGAGCGCUUCGAACGGAUCCCGGAGCCUGUUCAAAGGCGGAUCGUUUACUGGUCUUUCCCUAGGAGCGAACGGGAAAUCUGCAUGUACUCUUCGUUCAAUACUGGGGGAGAGGAGAAUGGAGCUACCGGGGAGAACUGCGACGAGACGCGGCUGCCUUUUCGACGAGGCAUCGCACUGUUGGAGAGUGGUUGUGUGGAUAACGUAUUACAAGUCGGGUUCCACCUCAGCGGCACGGUGACGGAACCGGCCACGUCCUCGGAACCCGAGCUGGCGUGCAGCGUGAGCGUGAGCUUUGACCGCUGCAAGAUCACCGCGGUAACCUGCGGCUGCGGCAACAAGGACAUCUUCUACUGCGCACACGUGGUGGCGCUGUCCCUGUACCGCGUACGGAAGCCCGAGCAGGUCAAACUGCACCUGCCCAUCUCAGAGACGCUGUUCCAGAUGAGUAGGGACCAGCUGCAGAAGUUUGUCCAGUACCUCAUCUCCGUCCACCACACGGAGGUGCUGCCCACCGCCCAGAAACUGGCCGACGAGAUCCUGUCCCAGAACUCAGAGAUCAACCAGUUCCACGGGGCCCCGGACCCCACGGCAGGGGCCAGUGUGGAUGAUGAGAACUGCUGGCACCUGGACGAGGAGCAGGUCCAGGAGCAGGUGAAGCUCUUCCUCUCCCAGGGAGGAUACCACGGCUCUGGGAAACAGCUCAACCUGCUGUUCAGCAAGGUGAGGGAGAUGCUGAAGAUGAGGGACUCUAACGGGGCGAGGAUGUUGACACUGAUCACAGAGCAGUUCAUGGGUGACCCCAGGCUGGCUCUGUGGAGACAGCAGGGCACCACCAUGACCGACAAGUACAGACAGCUGUGGGACGAGCUAGGGGCUCUCUGGAUGUGUAUAGUGCUGAACCCUCACUGUAAGCUGGAGCAGAAGAGCUCGUGGCUCCGGCAGCUCCGCCGGUGGAACAGCGUGGACGUGUGUCCCUGGGAGGACGGUAACCACGGAACGAGCUGACCCAAUCUCACCAAUGCGUUGCCCCAGGCGCCCCACGGCAACCCAGACUCUCCGUCGAGGCCCCACCGGACUGUGUUCACGAGGGCCAUCGAGGCGUGCGACCUCCACUGGCAGGACGCACACCUGCAGCACGUCAUCACGCAAGACCUCUACACCAACUACUGUUACCACGACAACCAGGACCAGGGCUCGCUGUUCGACGGCCGCGGCUGGCCCAUGUGGCACGAACAUGUUCCGACUGCGUGUGCCAGGGUGGACGCCCUGAGGUCACAUGGCUAUCCCAGGGAAGCGUUGCGGUUGGCCAUCGCGAUCGUCAACACCCUGCGACGGCAACAGCAGAAACAGCUUCGAGCUUUUCCGCAACACAAAAAAGAGCUGCUCCAUAAAGGGACAACGUCGGUCACUAACCUGGAGGGCUGGGUGGGUCACCCCCUGGACCCCAUCGGCACACUGUUCAGCACCCUGCUGGAGACCAGGCGGUCCGAUGAGGAGGGGCCCGCAUCCUUCCUCGACUUCUCAGGCUCAGGUUCAACCAAGAGGGCGGAGCCUCGCCUGUUCCCAGCACAGCACUUCCUGGAAGACGGCGAAUCAUUCGUGGCCCUGGCCGUGGAGACGGCUCUGAUUGGCCUAGGGCAGCAGAGAGUGAUGCCCGACGGCCUGUACGCCCAGGAGAAGGUGUGUCGCAACGAAGAGCAGCUAUUGGCUAAGCUUCAGGAAGUGGAUCUUGACGACGGGCUGGUGAAGAUCUUCCGCAAGCAAGCUGUCUUCCUGCUGGAGGCCGGUCCCUACAGUGGUCUAGGAGAGCUGCUCUACAGGGAGAGCGUGCCCAUGCACACCUACGCCAAGUACCUGUUCACCUCCCUGCUACCUCACGAUGCCGAGCUGGCGUACAAGACUGCACUGAGAGCCAUGAGGUUACCAGUCCUGGAGUCCUCUGCUCCGUCAGGUGACCUGUCCAGGCCUCACCAUAUAGUAUCCGUGGUGCCCAACCGCUACCCUCGCUGGUUCACUCUGAGUCACAUCGAGUCCCAGCAGUGUGAGCUGGCCUCCACCAUGCUCACUGCUGCCAAGGGUGACGGGCGUAAGCUGGAGACGGUGUUGGAGUCCAUCCAGAGGAACAUCCACUCGUCAUCUCACAUCUUCAAGUUGGCUCAGGACGCCUUCAAGAUCGCCACGCUCAUGGACAGCCUGCCUGACAUCACGCUGCUCAAAGUGUCCCUGGAGCUGGGCCUUCAGGUCAUGAGGAUGACUCUGUCCACGCUGAACUGGCGGAGGAGAGAGAUGGUGAGAUGGCUGGUCACCUGUGCCACAGAAGUCGGUGUUUAUGCGCUGGACAGCAUCAUGCAGAGCUGGUUCACCCUCUUCACCCCCACCGAGGCCACCAGCAUCGUGGCCACCACCGUCAUGUCCAACAGCACCAUCGUCCGCCUGCAUCUGGACUGCCACCAGCAGGAGAACCUGGCCUCCUCUGCCCGCACCCUGGCCCUGCAGUGCGCCAUGAAGGACCCCCAGAACUGUGCCCUGUCCGCCCUCACCCUCUGCGAGAAGGACCACAUCGCCUUCGAGACGGCCUAUCAGAUCGUCCUGGACGCGGCGUCCACGGGGAUGAGCUACACCCAGCUGUUCACCAUCGCCCGCUACAUGGAGCACCGGGGCUACCCCAUGCGGGCGUACAAGCUGGCCACGCUCGCCAUGGCCCACCUCAACCUGAGCUACAACCAGGACACGCACCCGGCCAUCAACGACGUCCUCUGGGCCUGCGCCCUCAGCCACUCGCUGGGCAAGAACGAGCUGGCGGCCGUCAUCCCUCUAGUGGUGAAGAGCGUGAAGUGCGCCACGGUGCUGUCGGACAUUCUGCGGCGGUGCACGCUGACCACGCCGGGGCUGGUGGCGCUGCACAGCCGCCGGAACUCCGGGAAGCUGAUGUCGCUGGACAAGGCUCCGCUGCGGCAGCUGCUGGACGCCACCAUCGGGGCGUACAUCAACACCACGCACUCGCGGCUCACGCACAUCAGCCCGCGGCACUACAGCGAGUUCAUCGAGUUUCUCAGCAAGGCGCGGGAGACGUUCCUCAUGGCGCAUGACGGGCACAUCCAGUUCACCCAGUUUAUAGACAACCUCAAACAGAUCUACAAGGGCAAGAAGAAACUGAUGAUGCUGGUGAGGGAGAGGUUUGGUUGAGGGGGGGGGGGGGGUGCAGGGAAAAAGACAAAAGAAAUGAGAAACUAGAAAACGAUCGAUGGAUCGCUUCACCUUUUUACUUGAGUCUGCCUUUUUUUUUAAUCCUUUUUAACUUAAAAAGUGACAAAAAAAACGAAAAUGGAAGAAAAAAAUAAAAACGCAACUAAACAAGGAAACGACUGUAAAAUUAUAAACGCCACACCGGUAUUAAUGUGUAUAGACCUAUUUAGUUCGCAAAACAAACAAAAAAAAAUGAAAAUUGUUGUGCAAGUUUGUGUGUUCCCCCUUUAUAUGUAUGAAUGUGAGAGAGAGCGAGAGAGAAAGUAUUACAGAUAAAAACAAAAGCAUUGGUUUACACUGAGUAUAUGUUGUCCAGUGAUGAAAGCUCCACCUAGCACUCCUAACUCUGCUAACGCUCGCAGCCUCAAAACGAGAGAAUAGAAGCGGCUUCAAAACCAAACGGAACAAUUCCAUCCUGUGACAAGUACCUCUUAACGAUCCAGCUUUACUCCUCCCUCGCCUCCGCCUGUCGGUGUACUCCGGGUGUGUCCAAUCACAGCCCGGCAUGGUCCGGGUGUGUCCAAUCACAGCCCGGGAUCGUUCCUCUCUCUCACCUUCUUCUGCGUUCUCUAGAGAAACCGUGAUCGUCACCUCCGUACCGACUACCUUGGCUUUGCAGUGUUGUUCCUCCUCCUCACACACACACACACACUCACACACACACUCACACACACUCACACACACACACACACGAAAAGCUCUUAUUCUGAACACAAACACACAAACUUCGCUUGUGGAAACUUAACAACUGUCAACAUACAUUCUCAGGGAUUUUUCUCAAAAAAAUGAAAAGCUAACAAAAAUGAAAAAAGAAAGUAUGAAAGCAUUUUAUUGUUCUGUAUAUAUGAUAGUAUAUGUCUGAAUAUUGAAAAAAAAAAUGUAUACGUUAACUAAUUUAUGAAAGAAUAUUCUAUGUAAUGCAAAAUACUUGAAGCUGCAGUACCUUGGUUUUUGAAACAUAAACAUAUCAGAAAGACUUCAAAUGUGCGUCUUGCGUUGCAUCAGGGGCCAGGUCAAGCAGGAGGACAUAUUUGCUGGGUGGCUAUGCAGAGACAUCCACUGAACUGCAUGACAGGAACUGGCUAUUUGCAAAACAGGAAAUGGAGGUGUGUCGUUUUUAUUUUAUUUUUUAUGGCUGAGCAAAAUAUGUAUUCUCCAGUGUACACACACUUGUACUGCGCACCAUAGAAGAAGAGAAGAGGAAGUGACUUCAGAGGGCAAGAGCAGCAAGCCUUAGCAUUAAAACAAGACGGAAACGCAUGAGAACUUUGGCCUAGUGCCUAGCAAGCCGAGUAAUGUAGAUCAGACAGUCUCCCUCUCUAUACUAAUAACCAGCGUAGGGUUACGCUGGGGUGAAAAUUGGCCUGACCACGCCUCAUGUCUCCUUCCGCAGUGAUAAAGUCACAAAAAGAAGCUCCAUUUUAUGCACAACAAACAACAUGUACUUGCCUCUUCUUCUGACAUCUUGACUUUGUGCCGGACAGAAAGUUGCUAUGUAGGUCUUGACUGUUCCAGUUUUCUUUUCUUUUUUUAAUGCUUUUUUUAAUUAUUUUUUUGUUUCUCUCCUUUUUAAUUUUCUUUUUUAGUUUCUCUCUAGAAUUCCUCAAACAAGAACAGCCUUUCUUUCUUGCCUUGUCUUAACGCUUUAAAAUAACCAAAUGGGAGUUCUAACUACCAAACUUUGUUCAUUAAAAUGAAAAAGCCAACCAAUUUUGGUCACAACUUUUAGUGUCUUUAAUUUUAGCUGAAUGGACGUCUUUUGUGCUUUAAAAAGCUCUUUCCUCUGGUUUUCUGUGCAGAAACAUUUGUCUCGUGUCUCAUGUCCUCACCUCUAGUAGGUGUCUGUCAGUAGCUCCUUUGUUUAGAAACAGAAAUAUGCUCCUUUUUAUUUAUUAUAUUAGGUAAACGAUUGUACUUCCUCAACCGUGUCAACAUGCUCAUGAAGUUGAAAUUAAGAUUUGAUACACCGAUAUCAAUUUAUUUAUGUAACUAAAUCACUGUUUUAUAAACUUGUUAAUGAUUCAACUUUUUCUUUCUUUUUUUUUCUUUUUUUUUUUUUGCUUUUGAUUAAAAAUCGUUUUUCGAGACGU